AUGCAGGACUCGACGCGUGUGGCGGUACUGGUGCCGUUCCGUGACAGUCACCCAGCCCAGAAGCGACACGCGCAUCUGGACGAGUUCGUGCCGUUCAUGACCGAAUUUCUUAAACGUAACUGCGCUGGGAAGAGUGCCUCGUUCCACAUCUUCAUCAUCGAGCAGUCGCUGGACGGCCGCAAGUUUAACCGAGGCAAGCUGCUGAACGCAGGCUUCGACAUGGCUCGCAACGACUACGACGUUUACAUUUUCCACGACGUGGAUUUGCUACCAGGAGACGAUCUGGGCGAGCUCUACACGACUGUGCCAAGUCUUGGACCAAUGCACAUUGCACGCCUAUGGGAUCGCUACAACGAAAGCUCAACCUACUUUGGUGGCAUCGUGGCGUUCACACGUCAGCAGUUCAUCAAGGUUAACGGGUUUCCUAACAACUUUUGGGGCUGGGGUGGAGAGGACAACGAACUCUAUAGUCGUGUGGUGCGCAAAAAACUUGCUAUCCAAGCGCCGACGAGUGGCACCAUUCGUGACUUAGAGGACCUUAAUCUGGAAGAAAAGCUGACAGUACUCAGAACGAGUAAAGUGAAAUGCACGGUGAAGCGCGACCUGCUAAAGGAGCACCAUCGCACUUGGAAGAAGAACGGAUUGAAGAGUCUUUGCUACGAAUACGUGAACGCUGAGGCGAUCAACGAGAACUGCACCAAGAUUACCGUUAAGUUGGGCCCAAACGGCCAUUGGUCCGACUCCAGAUCGUCCUUGGAGCACCCAAUUGCUCCGGACCAGGAUCUGGAAUCGUACUUGGUCCUCAUCGUCCCAGAAACUGCAAGCGCGGAGAAGAUAGUAGACCCUGCUAGCGAAACAAGUGAAGAAGCUCCCAGCUGUGCAGUGGAAGAUGCGUAA